AUGAGCGCCGCAGCAGUCGCGAGGCCUUUGAGGGGUCUUUUGGCGAUCUCACGACCCGCGGUCCCGUCCAUAUCGAAACCACAAAGGCAACGAUUGUACUCGACUCACCCACCAAACGCAAGGCUCAACGUGCCAAUAGACUACUCGACGACCCCUCUCCUUGCCCACAGCUCCCAGACGACGCUCAGCAACCCAGAGCUGUCGCCCGAGGUCAGGAAUGGCGCGACCAAGCGCAUGAACCUCUUUCAAGCCAUUAACGAUGCCCUCUCAACAGCCCUCGCCGAGGACGAGUCAGUGAUGCUUUUCGGCGAGGACGUUGCUUUCGGUGGUGUCUUCCGCUGCUCCAUGGGUCUCGCAGAAAAGCACGGAGGGGAGCGGGUCUUCAACACGCCGCUGUGUGAGCAAGGAAUCAUGGGAUUUGCUAUCGGCAUGGCUGCCGAGGGCAUGAGGCCCGUGGCUGAAAUACAAUUCGCCGACUACGUUUUCCCGGCCUUUGACCAGAUGGUCAACGAGGCCGCCAAAUUCAGAUACAGAGAUGGCGCCAACGGCAGGAGCGCAGGCGGAUUGACUGUACGCAUGCCGUGCGGGCUGGUCGGCCACGGUGCACUCUACCACUCGCAAAGCCCCGAGAGCUUGUUCACGCACAUUCCCGGCUUCCGAGUCGUCAUGCCGCGGUCACCGGUCCAGGCCAAGGGUCUUCUGCUCGCCGCAAUCCGCAGCAAUGAUCCCGUUGUGUUCAUGGAGCCCAAGGUGCUGUACCGUGCUGCCGUCGAGCAGGUGCCGAUGGCGUCGUACACACUGCCACUUUCCAAAGCCGAGAUCCUAAAGGAGGGCAAUGACCUCACUAUUAUCUCGUAUGGCCAGCCGCUGUAUAUUUGCCAAAACGCAAUUUCCAUGGCCGAGAAGGACUUGGGCAUCAGCGUCGAGCUCAUCGAUUUGAGAACAAUCUACCCCUGGGAUAAGGAAUGCGUCUUUGAGAGCGUCCGCAAAACGGGCAGGGCCAUCAUUGUGCACGAGUCCAUGGUCAAUCAAGGUGUUGGAGCUGAGGUUGCGGCGAGCAUCCAGGAAGAUGCUGAUACCUUUAAUCGACUCGAGGCUCCGGUCGAAAGGGUUGCCGGAUGGAGCAUACCCACGCCUCUUGCUUUUGAAAAGUUCAAUGCCCCAGAUGCUGCCACAUCAGCUACCGGGAUCCCCUUCGCGUUUGAUGUUGCCCCGCAAUCAAUCGCCUACUCCGACAAUGUGGACGCUCCGUUCCAUCCACCACAGCUAUCCCCAGUUAGCAAUCGCGUCGGUCAAGACGACAUAAAUCUGCGAGCCUGGAGCUCCAAACGUACUAUCUCCUGCUCAUCUCUCCAGCUUCCUUACAUCCUUUCCCAAAAUGUCGGACGAUCGCAUUUCAAUACUCUCAGAGUUCCUCGAAGGAGCUCCGCCAGGCGAGCUAAGACCCCGGCGCAUAGACAUCAAGUCCAUAUCAUCCAGCGAUGUGAACGUCGUUUCAAAGCUCGCGCCCGCAUUCGAGAGGUACAACGAGGAGCAAUUCACCACGGUGAAGCUACCUGGAGGAAGCCAGAAGGUCAUUGUCAGCACCCACAACUCGCUUGGCGACGGACGCUACUACGAUGUCGAGAGCUCAUCGAGCUUUGCCUUUGACCACACAACCCAGAAAGCCAGUGCUGUUCAAAGCUACGUACUGGAGAGCACACAUUCAGACCUAGUAAAAUCCACCUUGAAGAGCUUAGGUCCUUACGUCAGUGAACAUUUUCCAAACGCUGCAUAUGGUGUAUACCCCAUUGAAAGCGACUCUAAGCUGGCCAUUAUAAUCGUGGCCAACAAGUACAGCCCGAACAAUUUCUGGAACGGACGGUGGCGAUCUCUGUACAUGCUUGACCCAGCAUCAGGAGCACUCGAAGGUUCGAUCAAAGUCGAUGUGCACUACUACGAGGACGGCAACGUUCGGCUUCUGACGGACAAGGCUACAACCGCCACGAUACCAUCGGCCACUGGCAGUGGGGUUGUAAAGGAGAUUGGCAGCAGCGAGAAGAAAUAUCAGGAGGAACUAAACCGGGGCUUCACAGACCUCAGCGAAGGAGCUUUCAAGGGGCUCAGGAGGCAGCUGCCUGUAACCCGCCAGAAGAUUGAGUGGGACAAGGUCGCAAGCUACCGGUUGGGGCAGGAUAUCGGUGGGGGCAGGCGUCAGGGCUAG